CCAUCCACAAGGUUGAGGGCGCCAGUAGGUGUUCGAACGCUGUUUGACUACCGAAUUGCGAAGUGUGCGUGUGCUGAGCUGGAAUCCCUGCAUCUGCUUGUCUUACGCAGGUCCAGGGAGGGCGGCCGCACAGAACGAACAGCAGGUAUCGGCGUCAAAACGCAAAUCCAUUCCGCAGUGAAAAACUAUCUCGAGACGUGUACAGAAUGUAGUAAAAUGUUAGCUCGUUGGCGCGCGCAUACACGUCGCAACAGGGAGAACACAGCGGCUGUAAACCAAGGCACGAGUCGAGGAAAGCAGCUGAAAAAGGCUGGAGGCGGAAGUUGUGUUCUUUUAUAACUCCGAUAUAUGAAAAGAAAAUUAAAACGGGCAGAAUGCAAUUGUGUAGACUCGGUGUCUCCCUCAAUGGAAUAUAUUUAUAUAAUUUUCUUGCUAUUACUAGUUGGACAGCUACCCAUUUCCUUAACUAAUGCGGUUGACCAAAUUUGAUUGCAGAGCUAAAUUAGCUGUGUUGUCGCGAGCUAGCUUACAGAUUGUGUGAAUGUCGGGCCAGCCUGUUCUACCUAGCUAACUAUGUUCUCGAAUUCUUGGCGUAACGUAAAAUAUUUACUUGAAUUUCAAUUGACAUCUUUGUUAGCUUUUUAAAAAAGCUAGCAACCAGUUGAAUACCGGUUUCCCUUUCAGCAAUGUUAUUAGCCAACCGAGGAGUCUUAAAAGUAGCCAUGCCUCAUCUACUUUCCUAGCAAUCGCCUGCAUUGAUUAAUAUGAAUAUAUCGAUAUUUUUCAUUCUAAAAGUUAGCCCUUUUCGGAAUUUGCUUACGAACAAGUUGCAAUAAACUACUUGUUAGCUAGUAGCCCGCAACAAUGUUUUACUGUGCAACUCAUCUCACCGUCGCAAACAAGGAAAUUGUUGCUGAUAGUUAAACUAAAUCUCGGAAUCCAUAGUUCAGACAUGUUUCAUUAGUAGAGUAUGUCUGUAUAGUCUAUCAUUUCAGCCCAAAUCGUGUGAUAAUUUUAUGGUACACUGUAAAUAGCGUACGUGACUGGAUGUUGAAGACUCGUUUCGGGGGUAACCUAGCCAGCUAGCGAGCAGUUCACGUUCACGAUUCACAUUCUCAGUACAGUCACGAUGACUCUGGCGGAAAGCAAAGAAGCGGUGAUGAGAACGAUUACAGAUUCGAUAUAGAUAUUGGGAUUAUCUUUUCACGUUUACUGUAAAAAGCAAAGUAUAAAAAAACGUUCUACAGCAGUAAUCGUUGUGGCAUGGCAGACAGCGGUCGAAUUAAACAUGGGAACUCCAGCUCAGACAGUCCCGGCGCUAGCCCUCUCUCUGGGCGGAAGAAGGCACAGCAAUCCCCGGGUUCUAGAACCAAGUACCAAGUCGGGGCUCCUGGACACUGCUUCAGGAAAGUGACUCUAACCAAACCGACAUUCUGCCACCACUGUAGCGAUUUCAUAUGGGGACUGGUUGGCUUCCUUUGUGAAGUGUGUAACUUCAUGUCCCACGAGAAGUGUUUGAAGCACGUCAAGACCGUCUGUUCCUGUGUCGCUCCAACACUCGUGCGGGUCCCGGUGGCCCACUGCUUCGGCCCGGCCGGCCACAAGAAGAGGUUCUGCUUCGUGUGCCGCAAGCACCUGGAGGGAAGCUCCGCCCUGCGCUGCGAAGUGUGCGAGCUGCACGUCCACGCCGACUGCGCUCCCUUCAGCUGCAGCGACUGCCGACUCUGCCACCAGGAUGGUACCCAGGACUACGACACGUACCACCAUCACUGGCGGGAGGGAAACAUGUCGUCGGGGGCGCGCUGCGAGGUGUGUCGACGCACCUGCGGGUCGUCCGAGGUCCUGUCGGGGAUGCGGUGCGAGUGGUGCGGCAUCACGGCGCACGCCUCCUGUUUCGUGAUCGUGCCCCCGGACUGCGGGCUGGGACGCCUGAGGAACAUGAUGCUCCCCCCGGGCUGCGUGCGCCUCUGCUCCCGCAACUUCAGCAAACUGCACUGCUUCCGCAUCUCUGAGAACACCCAGACCGAGCUCGAUAACUCGGAUGACGUCGACACCCCGACUGUAGUGGCUUCAAAGGAGAACCAGUCUUCGUCAUCUCCAGACACAGGCAAACAGACUCUCAAGGUGUUUGACGGAGAUGAUGCGGUCAGACGCAACCAGUUCCGCCUGGUCUCCAUCCCCCGCAUUACUAAGAAUGAGGAAGUGGUGGAAGCCGCGCUGAGGGCGUUCUACAUCCCGGACGAGCCGCAGGACUACGAGCUCCAGGUGUACGGCCAGCAGGCCCUCCUCAGCGAUGACAUCAUCAACCGCAACGGCGCCCCGGACAACAAGCCCGACAACAAGCCGGUGUUCAGGGAGAGCACUCCGGAAGCCUGGAUCCUGAGAGCCAAGCCGAGGGAUUCGGAGGUCCUCAAGAUCUACCCAGGCUGGCUCAAAGUGGGUGUGGCCUAUAUCUCCAUCUCGGUCUCCAGGAGCAGCACGGUCGACACUGUGGUCCAGGAAGUCUUGAAACAGCUGGGGAAACAGGAUGAAAACCCUGCAGGAUACAGUCUGGUGGAGGUGUUCAUGAGUAGUAAACAAGUGCUGCGGCAGGUGCUCUCGGGCCAGGAGCUCGUGUUGGACAAGCUGCAGGAGAUCAGAAAGACGUCCCUGCGGCAGAUGAACCAGACGCGGCUGUACGUGGCCGAGCGCAGGAACAGCGCGGUUCUGGUCUCCCUGAUGGUGGGGGGGCUUCCCACGCAGCUCUGCAGGGAGGAGUACGCGGACCUGCUUCGGGAGCACCUGGCCAUCAAGAGUCACCUGGUUGCCAUCACUCACGUUUACGCCGGGCAAGGCGCGGUAGUGUUGGAAAUCUCAUGUUUCUCUGAGGCGGAGCGGGUCUACAUGCUGGCUAAGGACACGGCGAUUUCCGGGAAGGCGCUUUACUCACUGGUCAUCCCCGAGAUCAUGCACCGGAAACUCCCGCGGGGCUGCGGUCCGCUCCUGGUCUUCGUCAACCCCAAGAGCGGCGGCCUGAAGGGCCGCGAGAUCCUCUACAGCUUCCGGAAGCUCCUGAACCCGCAUCAAGUGUUUGAGCUGACCAGCGGGGGACCUUUACCAGGACUGCACACUUUCCGGGAGGUUCCGCACUUCCGGAUCCUGGUGUGCGGGGGCGACGGGACAGUGGGCUGGGUGCUGGGGGUGCUGGAGGAGGUGCGGCACAAGCUGUCCUGCGCCGAGCCGGCCAUCGGCAUCGUGCCGCUGGGCACAGGUAAUGACCUGGCGCGUGUGCUGCGAUGGGGCACAGGGUACAGCGGGGAGGAUCCCUUCAGCGUCCUGCUGUCGGUGGAGGAGGCGGAGGAGGUGCUGAUGGACCGCUGGACCAUCCUGCUGGACGCCCAGGAGGUGCUGGAGGACGGCAAGGAGGACGGAAUCCUGGAGCCGCCCAAGAUCGUCCAGAUGAGCAACUACUGCGGCCUGGGCAUCGAUGCCGAACUCAGCCUGGACUUCCACCAUGCCCGCGAGGAGGAGCCCGGAAAGUUCAACAGCAGGUUUCACAACAAGGGUGUGUAUGUGAAGGUGGGCCUGCAGAAGCUUAGCCACACCCGCAACCUUCAUAAAGACCUGAAACUGCAGGUGGACAAGCAGGAAGUGGAGCUACCCAACAUCGAAGGCCUCAUCUUCCUCAACAUCCCCAGCUGGGGCUCUGGUGCGGACCUGUGGGGCUCAGACAGCGACGCGCGCUUUGGGAAGCCCCGCAUCGAUGACGGUAUGCUGGAGGUGGUGGGGGUGACCGGGGUGGUGCACAUGGGUCAGGUGCAGAGCGGGCUGCGCUCGGGGAUUCGCGUGGCGCAGGGGAACUACAUCCGCAUCACGGUCAUGAAGCCCAUCCCGGUGCAGGUGGACGGGGAGCCCUGGAUCCAGGCCCCCGGGCAGAUCAUCAUCUCUGCCGCCGGGCCGAAGGUGCGCAUGCUGAGGAAGUCGAAGAGCAAGCAGAAGAAGCAAUCCGGCAGCUUGAAGGAGUCGAGGAGCGACACCCCGCCGCCUAGCAAUGGGGGCCACUGACCCGGAGCCCCGUCUCGGGUCGGUGGGGGGUUCCGGCGCAGGGGUGGGGGGGGGGGGUGGGGGGUGAUAGGAGAGAGAGAGCCCCCCCCGUGCGUCCCUCCUCAAACCUCACAGGUGAAAUCGGGAACGCUUUCGGGUUCGGGAGACCUUCAUCACCGGCGCGGAACGCUGUUCCUAGAGCAGCCGACGCAAGAUGGGGGGAGGGUGCUGCCACCCCACAUUUUCAUACGUCCCUUUACUGGCCAAUCAGCACUUAGGCCUCAGUUGAAUUGAAAGCUCUAGGUAGGAUUCUAAACGUUUUAUUAUUGUUAUUAUUUUUUUUAAUAUAGCUUUUUCCACGUUACUUGAACUUCCGUUUGCCAUUGAACUCUGGUUUAUUAAUCUGUACAGGUAAGAAUAAACUUGCGAUCACAUGCUGGCCAGAAGUUAAGCUUCUCUUUGCUUUGAUUGUGACACUUCAUGCGCUGUUUUGCUCCACACAUUCUGAGAACGGACUCAAAGCUCUUUAAAUGUGUAAAAAAGGCAGAAGGUUUUCUGAAAAGAAAAGAUUUUCUCUCAGCUCACAGACAUCAGUCAAAGUAAACUGAGCCUUUAACAUUGUGUACGAGUCAAUAAUCAUUUCUAUCUUAAAAGCAUCAGCUGGGGAAACAGUGACUACUGAGCAUUGCAAUUAUGUCCGUCCCUCAGAAUUUCACACUGCUGUUCUGCAAGGGGAUGAAAUGAUAAAAAUUAUCACGUUCAGGGUUUGGACAGAGCAGAAACGGUCCAGGCAAAGAGAAGCAUUCCUCUGAAACAUUCACAUCUGUUUUUACUGCAUUCCCGGCUCGCGAGCAGGAACCACACCCACUAGCACAAAGGAUACCUCAUAUCAAACUUUCCCAUGUAGCGCCUUCAGUCGAAGCGGCAGCACGCACGUCCGUCACUCAUAAAGGUCACGUGGUAUUUACUGGAGUAGCAUCUGGCAAUAUCAUCACAGCCUUGUAGUGUACCUAGGAAGCAAUUCUGACAUCACUGCUAGACAAAUCAACGGCACAUUUACUGACAAUAGGUGUGCAUGCAUUUCAUUGUUCUUUUUUUUUUUCAUGCUGCUGCUUGUUUCUGUCAUUCUGUACAGAUCACGACCUUACUCUUAAUGUUAGCCAAGCAAACCUAUAGCAGAACACUUCCAAGCAGAGUUCUUCUUUCCCUGCCACAGUCUGCUGUUGUGAUCUUGUAGAGGUAUAACCACGUUUGUAUUGCACCUGCUAAGCGCUGUUAUUGUGCCCUUAGCUUGCUGUUGAUCGGGGUUGUCGAAAUUAAAAUCGGGGCCAAAUUUAGCAUACACUUCAGUAUUUCAAUGUACAUGUUUAUACAAGAGCAUUGGUGAAGCCAUCUCUUGCCAGGAGAAAGUAUGUAACAUUUUUAUGAAAAGCUCCAGCAUGUGAAAAUUUCCAUAUCUGGUUUGUGGAUGGUUCAGACUGAGAGAUGUGUUAACCUUGCCAUGUUCUUUUCUGAAAGACUCAUGGCUUUUCAGGAUGAAAAGUUUGGGCCAAAUGGGACAAAUGGUUCUGAAAUGUACUCAUGAAAUGUAUUAAAGGAAGUGUUCGGACCAUGUUACUUAUUGUAGAACGUGGAACUCUAGGAUCAUGGAAUCUCACUACUUUUGUAGAAAUCAAGCUUCCAGUUCAGUCUAAAGAGCUAAAACUGCUCCCAUUCCACCUCUUUUUGAACAGUCUCCGUGUCAAAGUAGCCAGAAGAAUGUGUUGCCUUUGUCCUAUCUACAGUAACAUGUGAUAUGAAUUUGUUCUGUUAUCUGGUGCCAGUGUGUUAAGUGCUGUGUUGUGAAUCCUGUGUCUUAUAAAUGAUCGAACAUAUGCAAGUCAUUUGGUUUUCCCUGGAAUUUCCAUUUAAGUCUAAAAUCUUCAAGAGUGAGCAUAGGGGCUUCCUAGUAUUUUAAGCCUAGGCUAGGCUACACCAUCCCUGGUCCUGAAGAGCCAAUCGGGGGCAAGGUCUUGUUUUUAAGCCCAAAAUCAAUACUUUAGGACCCAGAAUACAACUAGUGGUAACCCCAAAACCAGCAGGCCCUUUGCUGUCAAGGACCAGGGCUGCCAUCCCUGCCAUAGGUGAAUCUACAUGCUAACUAGACCAUGCAAGUGUUAUGAAGUAAAAAAAAAAAAAAGAAAAGAGUUUAGUCUAUUUUUUGUGCUGAGAUAUAUUUUCAAAUCAGUUUAAGGUAUUGUCUCAGAAAAUAGAUUUCUUCAGCAUUUCCUUUUGAGGGGAAAAAAAAUCAGUGUUUUAUUUUGGAUCAAGAAAAGAUAUUUUUAUCCUUGUUGGAAAUCCUAAGCGGAAAUCUAAUGAAUAUAGGGAAAUGUUAUGAAUAUAAUAAUUCUUGUGUUUGAACUCACUGGUUACCUAAUAAGAAUAAUCUUAUUACCUAAUAUGGACAAGCUAGUCAUAAAUGUCAGAACGUGUUUUUACUGAGUGGUCUUUAAAUCAAAUAUGUUCUUUUCAGAUACGGAUGGAGACAUGCAUGGUGCCCAGAAUAUAUAAUUCUUUGUUGUACUGUCGGUGAUGCAUGAGCUGUCUACUCUGUGUUAACCCAGGACAACUUUAAAAUUUAGUGAGGGUAAUAUGCAGCAAUUAAGAAUGAACUGUUAAUUUGUGCUUGGUAUAGUUAUAACUAAGCACAGUGGAAUAUGUGCAUUUGAGUACUCUCUCAUUGGUCUGUAUGGUUCGCCUUGUUUUGCAGUGCCAAGCGACAGAGCAAGUAUGGUCGAUGUUGCUUUCUGAAUGUUCCUGUGCCUCCAUGACCUUUAUUUCCCCCCCAUCUUCACCUUUGUUAUUCAACUCCAUCAAAACUCUUCACCUCCCAUUGUAGGUUUCAAACAUAGAUCCUCAAUAGACCAAGGAAGGGGUCAUGCAACCCUCCUGGGGGGUAUGGCCAAAGUGAUUCAGUGACAUAAAUGACUCAGGGUUAUAUAUUUAGUCAGUCCAGUGAGUUGGUGGUGGAGGGGGUUGGUAGGAAUAUCUCAAAAGGAUUGGGUAUAAGGCUAGGUAAGCUAUUCCAGACUUGGCCUUUUCUUCCUGAAAUUGUCACUGUCCUCAUGUAAAGUUGACUAUUUCACUGUUCUAGCCGACUUCCAUCCCAUUCCUCGUUUCCAGUGGCACGCUGUUGUAUCACGACUCGCCGUGUGACCGCAUGAACGUAUUUCUGCAACGCUUCGGCAACAUUUGGAGAACGCUCUGUAAACACUCUUGGCUUUUAAGUGUGCACUUUUAUCGGCUGCUUUCCUGCUUACCCUGCUACGGGCCAGACGCAUAAUAUAUAGUCUUAUACUCCAGCGGGGGUGUAAGUUAAAGAAACACCGUGUGUAGGUACCGUUUCGUGUUUAACCUCGCCUGUACCUGUUGUGCAGCUUUCUGUUCCCCAUGCCUGUUGUACUUGGAGAAGACUCCAGGCGUGUGCCGUUGUUUGUGACGUCCGUGGGCUUGAAUUCCACAUAGUGCCUCUUAAAGUGCUUCUAUAAUGUAGUGGUAUUUACCUGUUCAUAAUGAUUAUGUGUGCUCUGUUUGUUUCGUUGGUGCAGUGAGUAUCUUUUAUGUCAAGGUUCAAGGUGUCUUGACUGACGUGAGCUAAUGUGCCUCUGACCUAUGUUAAUUCUGUUUUUUAAAAAGGUUUAUCAUGACAGUUAUUCAGUAGUCCUAGUGUGUUUGACUGACAUGUUACCAGAGUUCCAUGUUUUAACAAAUAUGUAUAUUUUUGAAAAUCUGUUUUUAAUUUGAAAUGUAAAGAUAUUUGCACUGACUGUAAUGUUUUACAAAUGCUUUUAAGUGUACAUUUUGUGUAACAUGAAUGUUAAAGUAUAUAACUAUAUAUAUAGAGAUAUAUAAAUUAGAUAUUACAAACUUAUAUGUCCAGCAACAAAAUUAAAUAUAUGUGGGACUUUUUA